GGUUCCUUGCAAUGGCUGUCUUGCAGGAAAAGGAAAUGCAGCUCGAGUCACGGUCGGCAGAGGAGCGGAGUAACAAAUCUGUCACCGGUGCCUCCAGCAGGAGGUCCACCGGAGUAUCGCAAAUUUAUGCCGGGCCGGUGGGCAAGGCAGAGUGGGGACAUCACACAAAAGGGGUAUGAGAAGAAGAGAGCAAAGCUUCUGGCUCCGUAUGUUCCACAAACACAAGGGGUUGAUCCGGCUUUACAGAAGGAAUCCAGAACUCAGACACCCACUCCAGCUGCAGCUCCAGCCUCAGCAUCAUCGUCAUCCUCAUCCAAAUUUCACCGAGCCCGCUCAGGGGGAGCCAGAGAUGAACGCUAUCGAUCUGAUAUCCACACGGAAGCAGUUCAGGCAGCACUGGCAAAACACAAAGAACAGAAGAUGGCCCUGCCUAUGCCAACAAAAAGACGAUCUACCUUUGUUCAGUCUCCAGCUGAUGCCUGCACUCCCCCAGACACGUCUUCCGCAUCCGAGGAUGAGGGGUCGCUAAGGCGUCAAGCUGCUCUUUCUGCUGCAUUGCAUCAGAGCUUACAGAAUGCUGAGUCUUGGAUCAACCGAUCUAUUCAGGGGUCAUCCACAUCUUCAUCAGCAUCUUCUACACUUUCCCAUGGAGAAGGCAAAGGGACCAGUGGGUCACUAGCUGAUGUAUUUGCCAAUACUCGAAUAGAAAAUUUCUCAGUUCCCCCAGAUGUCACAGCAACUACCUCCUCUUCCUCAGCACGCCCGGCAGCAAUUGACCUUCCUCCUUCAGGGAUCGUGAAAGGCAUGCACAAGGGAUCUAAUCGGUCUAGUCUCAUGGAUACUGCUGAUGGUGUUCCUGUGAGUAGUAGAGUAUCCACGAAAAUUCAGCAGUUGCUUAACACCUUGAAAAGACCUAAAAGGCCGCCUCUGAAAGAAUUUUUUGUGGAUGAUUUUGAAGAAAUCGUGGAAGUUCCACAGCCUGACCCGAAUCAGCCCAAGCCGGAGGGACGCCAGAUGACACCUGUGAAGGGAGAACCACUGGGAGUUGUUUGUAACUGGCCUCCUGCCUUGGAAGCAGCACUGCAGCGCUGGGGAACCACACAGGCCAAGUGCCCCUGUCUGACAGCACUGGAUGUUACAGGAAAACCAGUUUAUACCCUCACGUAUGGCAAAUUGUGGAGCAGAAGUCUCAAGCUGGCCUACACACUGCUUAAUAAACUGGGGACCAAAAAUGAACCUGUGUUAAAACCUGGAGAUAGGGUAGCCCUUGUUUAUCCCAACAAUGACCCAGUCAUGUUUAUGGUGGCAUUUUACGGCUGUCUCCUAGCAGAAGUCAUACCAGUGCCUAUAGAGGUACCUCUUACCAGAAAGGAUGCUGGUGGUCAGCAGAUUGGUUUUCUGCUGGGAAGCUGUGGGAUCGCUUUGGCACUCACCACCGAAGUUUGUCUGAAAGGGCUUCCAAAAACCCAAAAUGGAGAAAUUGUGCAGUUUAAAGGUUGGCCUAGACUCAAAUGGGUUGUGACAGAUUCAAAAUACCUCUCCAAAUCUCCUAAGGACUGGCAGCCCAACAUCUCAGCUGCAGGAACUGAGCCAGCAUAUAUUGAGUACAAGACUAGCAAAGAGGGCAGUGUUAUGGGUGUUACAGUGUCUCGGAUCGCAAUGCUAUCUCACUGUCAAGCUUUGUCUCAGGCUUGCAACUAUUCUGAAGGUGAAACAAUAGUGAAUGUUUUGGAUUUUAAGAAGGAUGCAGGGUUGUGGCAUGGCAUUCUAACGAAUGUAAUGAACAAAUUGCAUACUAUCAGUGUGCCCUAUUCUGUGAUGAAAACCUGUCCACUGUCAUGGGUACAGAGGGUUCAUACCCACAAAGCAAAAGUUGCUUUAGUCAAGUGUCGAGACUUGCACUGGGCCAUGAUGGCCCAUCGAGACCAAAGAGAUGUCAGUUUGAGUUCUCUACGGAUGCUGAUUGUAACUGAUGGUGCAAAUCCCUGGUCUGUUUCUUCAUGUGAUGCCUUCCUGAGCUUGUUUCAGAGCCAUGGGCUUAAACCAGAGGCAAUUUGUCCAUGUGCCACAUCUCCAGAAGCGAUGACUAUUGCAAUACGGAGGCCUGGGGUCCCUGGAGCACCUUUGCCUGGAAGAGCCAUACUGUCCAUGAAUGGGCUGAGCUUUGGUGUGAUCCGUGUCAACACUGAAGAUAAAAACUCUGCUCUCACUGUUCAGGAUGUUGGCCACGUGAUGCCAGGGGGAAUGAUGUGCAUAGUGAAACCUGAUGGACCACCUCAGCUGUGUAAAACAGAUGAGAUUGGUGAAAUCUGUGUUAGCUCCAGAGCAGGAGGAAUGAUGUAUUUCGGGCUGGCAGGGCUGACAAAGAAUACAUUUGAGGUUAUCCCUGUGAACUCAGCUGGCUCUCCAGUGGGUGAUGUGCCAUUUGUCCGUUCCGGCUUGCUGGGCUUUGUUGGACCUGGCAGCUUGGUGUUUGUGGUUGGAAAAAUGGAUGGAUUGCUGACGGUUAGUGGGCGCAGACACAACGCUGAUGACAUUGUCGCAACUGGAUUGGCCGUAGAGUCGAUAAAAACAGUUUACAGAGGAAGGAUUGCUGUAUUCUCAGUCUCUGUCUUCUAUGAUGAGAGGAUUGUGGUGGUUGCAGAGCAGAGGCCAGAUGCAUCCGAAGAGGACAGUUUUCAGUGGAUGAGUCGAGUGCUGCAGGCAAUUGACAGCAUUCACCAAGUGGGUGUAUAUUGCCUUGCUCUUGUGCCAGCUAAUACAUUGCCAAAAACUCCAUUGGGAGGGAUCCAUAUCUCACAAACUAAACAGCACUUUCUGGAGGGCUCUCUGCAUCCGUGCAACAUCCUCAUGUGCCCGCACACGUGUGUGACGAAUUUGCCAAAACCCAGGCAGAAACAACCAGGUGUUGGCCCUGCCUCUGUGAUGGUGGGGAACCUGGUCGCUGGGAAGCGUAUUGCUCAAGCCUCUGGGAGAGAUCUUGGUCAAUUAGAAGACAACGAUUUAGUUAAAAAGCACCAGUUCCUGACAGAGGUAUUACAGUGGAGAGCUCAAGCAACUCCUGACCACCCGCUCUUCCUUCUAUUAAAUGCCAAGGGAACCACUGUGUGCACAGCCACCUGCCUUCAGUUGCACAAAAAGGCUGAGAGAAUUGCAUCAGUUCUGUGUGACAAAGGACAUCUCAAUGCAGGAGACAAUGUGGUGCUUCUUUAUCCUCCUGGCAUUGAGCUCAUCACCGCGUUCUAUGGCUGUUUGUAUGCUGGCUGCAUCCCCGUGACCGUGAGACCACCUCAUGCUCAGAGCCUCACUGCUACUCUGCCCACUGUGCGAAUGAUCGUGGAAGUCAGCAAAGCUGCCUGUAUUCUCACAACGCAGACCUUAAUGAGACUACUGAAAUCCAGAGAGGCAGCUGCUGCUGUAGAUGUGAAAACCUGGCCAACCAUCAUCGACACAGAUGACUUGCCCAGGAAGCGGCUGUCUCAGAUCUAUAAACCACCUACGUCUGAAAUGUUAGCAUAUCUAGAUUUUAGCGUUUCCACAACAGGCAUGCUUACAGGAGUAAAGAUGUCCCAUGCAGCAGUGAGUGGCCUUUGCAGGGCAAUCAAGCUUCAGUGCGAGCUCUACUCCUCGCGGCAGAUUGCAAUUUGUCUCGACCCCUAUUGUGGACUAGGUUUUGUGCUCUGGUGCCUUUGCAGUGUGUAUUCUGGACACCAGUCAAUUUUAAUUCCUCCUAUGGAGCUGGAAUCCAAUCUUUUUCUCUGGUUAUCUACUGUCAGCCAGUAUAAAAUAAGGGACACUUUCUGUUCCUAUUCAGUCAUGGAACUGUGCACAAAGGGACUUGGAAACCAAGUUGAAAUGUUAAAGUCACGAGGAAUUAAUCUGUCCUGUGUCCGGACGUGUGUGGUAGUUGCAGAAGAACGACCACGAGUUUCUCUCACUCAUUCCUUCUCAAAACUCUUCAAAGACAUUGGCCUGUCAUCUCGUGCUGUAAGCACCACCUUUGGAUCAAGAGUCAAUGUUGCUAUCUGUUUACAGGGAACCUCUGGGCCUGAUCCCACCACAGUGUAUGUAGAUCUGAAAUCCUUGAGACAUGACAGAGUACGUCUAGUGGAAAGGGGAGCUCCCCAAAGCCUGCUGCUUUCAGAAUCUGGGAAGAUUUUACCUGGAGUCAAAGUAGUCAUUGUUAAUCCUGAGACAAAAGGGCCUCUAGGAGAUUCUCAUCUUGGAGAGAUUUGGGUAAAUAGUCCACACACAGCCAGUGGUUACUAUACCAUCUAUGACAAUGAAACCCUUCAAGCUGAUCAUUUCAACACUCGUCUGAGCUUUGGUGAUGCUGCUCAGACGCUUUGGGCUCGGACUGGAUACCUUGGUUUUGUUCGUCGGACAGAGCUUACAGCUGCCAGUGGAGAGCGCCAUGAUGCACUGUAUGUUGUUGGAGCACUGGAUGAAACUCUGGAACUGAGGGGAUUGCGUUACCAUCCAAUUGAUAUUGAGACUUCAGUAUCUCGAACGCACAGAAGCAUUGCUGAAUGUGCUGUGUUCACAUGGACCAACUUGCUUGUGGUUGUUGUGGAGCUGUGUGGCUGUGAACAAGAAGCCCUGGAUUUAGUCCCUCUAGUUACAAAUGUGGUCCUGGAAGAACAUUAUCUAAUUGUGGGAGUGGUGGUGGUAGUUGAUCCUGGAGUUAUUCCUAUCAAUUCCAGAGGAGAGAAACAACGAAUGCAUCUCCGUGACAGUUUUCUAGCGGAUCAGUUAGACCCCAUAUAUGUAGCUUAUAACAUGUAACGUGUAUGGGGGAAUUGAUGCUCAGAAACUUUGCAGGACCACCAAACGACAAAGGGUGGCUAUAGAAAUGAAGCUGGUGAAAAUUACUAAUACUUGAUAUAAAGUUUGAGAUUGCUGCCAUAUUCCCUUCAUCUCAUCCUGUGGUAUUAAGAUCACAUUAACUACCAGUGGACAAAAGGAAAUGUGGUAGACAAUGGAAAACAUUUGUAACAGUUUACUGAAAUAUUAGCUUUAUUAGAAAAUGCAAAGUUGACAAGCGUGUGAACUGCAAAAUUCCUAAGGCCUUUACUGUAGUGUUACUUUUUUCAUCCGUUGUACAUAUUUGUAUUUUUAUCUAAUACUGUUUUAGGAUUCUCUAAGGGGAGGGUUUAUUUAGUUAAGAUAAUAAACUAUUACGAGGAGGGUCAUCAGAGUUCAGCAAUUCCCUACUAUAUAAAAUGUACUUUGCAUCUGUACUGUAGCUAUUCAUUCCAUGGGAUCACACAACUUAUUUAAAAUUGUGCCAUGACCAAAUCAAUAACUUACGGAAUCUAAGAGUUACUUAUUCAUAUAGAUAUUUCUUGAAUUAAAAAAAAGCCUAUAUUUUAAAUAUGUAAAUAUUAUUAUACAUAAUUCACUUAGAUAGAAAAUUAACUUGGAUAAUGAUGACAGCUGAAGGUAGACAUUUUUAAGGACAGGUAACUUUUGUGGUCCUUAGCAUAAUUACAUUUGGUUAGACAACUAAUGUGAGAUACACAAAUCUUACACAAGUUUUCUUAUUUCAGUAUGUAGUCUUUUAUUGCUGGCCAGAAGUGUGUCAUAGCAUGUAGAAACCUAUGAUUUGAAGGCACAUCUCUAUAAGUGAGGCUGAAAUAUUUAAACAGUAACAUGCAAUCUGGCAGAAAUCGCAGUGCUAAGUCCAAAAUGUUUAACUGAAAUGAUGCAAAUUUACAGCCUCUGCCUCCACCCUCUGAAACCUUGUGUUUAAAGGAAAAAAAAGUCCUAUAGGUCAACACAGUUAAAUUCACUGUCUGUGCAAUUCAGUCAUUAUUCCAUUCAAUUCCCUCUAGGUAUAGCAAGAAACAUUGCAGAUAGGCUUUACUGUAAACCGGGAGACAACAACCCAGAGUUCUUCAAAACAUUCCCUAGAAACAAUUAGGAAUUUCUGGGGUUUGGGCUGAAUGCAAUUUUUCUUUUACAGGAGGAGGCACAAAAAUGAAACAAAGUAAUUCUGGUAAAUCAUCGUUAAAUAACUUCAUGAAAAUGAAUAUUCCAAACUUCAAAAUACUUUGUUGGUUUUCACAUUAGUAACUGUAAAGAAGCAGAAGCCCUAGAGUAGUGGGAACACGCUCUUGUUGUUGGUAAGCAAUUGCACUCUGGGCUAAUGGAGAGACAGUGUUUUAAGUUUUGACUCAUAAUUACCUUUCUUUCAUGUAAUCCUUAAUAAUCUUUUAAAUUCCUAUGGAUGUUAAGAAAAUAUGACUUUGGAAGCAAUGAGAGCUGAUACCAGAUAGCGCAGCAGGGUUUUUUUUGAGUCAAAUAUGGUAUACAGUGUAAAUAAACUUGUUAUUAAAAUGCUCCACAUUACCUCAUUCAAAAUUUGUAGGCAGUUUUUAAAAGGUUUAUAGUAUGAACUCUGAAGAUCCUGUGGCAGUUGUCAGAGCAGAACACAGUGUAUCUGUAAGCAAAUCCCAGUUUUGUACUUGAAAAAUUCCUGAUGCAUUCUGUUAGCUCUGACUGAGGUCAGGAGUGUUAAAAUUUAGAUGGGAAGUUCUGAAUAUUUUUGAAAAAUAUGUGGUGGGGAAAUAGAUUUAGAAACUGCAAGUUAUUAUGGCAAGUCUCAAGCUGAGUUCUUUACAAAGGCUUCACUUCACAGGUGCAUAUUUUUGAAUGAUUUCUUUUUCCCUAUCUGCUACUGUGAUUAAGACAACAUCACAGAUGAAAUUGUCGUGGUAUUGUGCUGCAGCAUAGAUGUGACAGGUUUUCUGUUAUCGGUGUCUAGUUUCUUAUUAUGUGUGUCCUAAACUACCUGCACAUGAAGCUUUUUGUAUAUUUAGUUUUAAUGAAUUGGCCACGAAGUAAGGAAAGUGACAAGUGUAACUGUGAUUAAUACAGUUGGUACUGCAACUACUUAUUUAGGGUGCAAAACGCACUGAAGUUGUUACUCGUUUUCAGCCAGCAAAGUGGGAGAAUCUCCUUGUUUUGUUAUGCACCACUUUUUAAUUUUUCUUGCACAGCAAAGUGACUUGCAGUAUAGCCUUCACUUUGUUGUUGCACGUUUCAGGAAAAAAAAAGAUGGCCUUGACUUUUUCUUACUGAAAUUAAAGCUUUAUCUAAAUUCUUUCAACAAUUACCACAUUUGUCCAUCAAAAAUGAUUUUUUUUUUUAAUUCUAAGAUUGUAUUUUAUUUUUAGUUGCCAUUUUUUUCAGAAAUAGAAAGUGGAUGUAUUAAUUUGAUCAGACUUCCAGUAUGUGGCAGAUUGACUUUCUGAAAUGGAAUUUUUAAAUGGCACACUUGAUUUCCUCCCAUUUUUUAUAUGGCUAGGUAUCUGCUAGUUUCUUACGCUUUGCGUUUUCAUCUCACAAGUUUACUCAUGCUGUUAAUCUUUGCUUUGGUAUAUUACAUUUCUCUGUUAGAGAACUAAAUUUACAGUCCUGUCCUUAGAAUGAGACAACAUUCUACGUUUGAUUGCCAGUAAGUGACAUAUAGAAGCUGGCCAGUUUUGAUUUCAUUGAAUGCUUUUGUCUAUGUUUGGCGCAGUGAAAAGCAGUGUAUUGGAGAAGUAGUAAUAUGGAGCUGCGAAUCUGGAAACCCUGAUUUCUAACUCCAGCUCUGCUAAUGACUUGCCACAAGGCCUUCAACAGGUCAUUUCACUCCUUCAGUUUCUUCAUCUGUAGAUGAGGAUAUUAUCUAAUCCUUACAACAUCCCUGUGAGGUAACUAACUGUACAGCACUAAGUGCUAAGUAUUUUUCAUUGCUAGCCUCUUUGAGGUCAGGGUCAGUUUGUUCUUCCAAACUGAUAAAUGAUUAUUUGGUUGUCUUGGAGGGCUGUCAAGAGAUGUGACCAUUUCACUUCAAAGUGCUUGCUUGGUGUCAUUCCAUAUGAGAACAAAAUGAAAUAUUAACUUCACAAAAUUGGCAGGGCGACUGAAGGUUCUGAUGUUGCAUGUUCAGGUUCAGACUUGGGCUCUUCUCCAUAACUGCUGAACCAAGUGUUGAGUCCGAAGAAGCAGAUUCUCCAUGCCCGUUUGACUUUGCAGCUUAUCUAGUUGCAGAGGACAAAUUAUUUCCUGUCGUUGUCCAUCAGAUUCCAAGCUAACAGCUGCAAUGAAACUUAAUCUAGGAUUUUUUUUUUACCACUUGGAACUAAAAUAUUUUGUAUGUCUUACUGUUUAUGAAUAUUCCCUAAGCAAAGUAUGUGGGUACAGGUAAUUUCAAGUCCUGUUUUGUUAACAUUUGCACUGCAUUUCUGAUUUAAAUAAAUGUAAUUAAGAUGUGUCGUACUAACUGUCUUUAAAAGGUUGUAAAAACGAUAAAUUUUAGCCCUAAAUGCAAUUUUCUUUAAUUUCUGUCAACCUAUUUACCAUUGUCAAAUUCAGACUACAGCAUUAUGUAAUUAUGUAUAAAGUUUUUAUUUAUUUAAAAUUAGAUUAGAUAUACAUUUUUAAAUUUAACAUCUGGCUGGACAGUGUUCCAUUAACGCAUUGAUUGUGUUUCCUUUGUCUUGUGUUAAUAAAUAUUGAUGCCUGA